AUGUCAAGCAAGCCGAACUAUGCGCAUCUGCUCCCUCCGAGCUGGAAAUCACAGGUGACUGCAUGGCUGGCAGAGGACGCGCCAUCAUUCGAUUAUGGCGGCUUUGUCGUUGGCGAUGCCGAGCGCGAGGCGUUCCUAUUCGGUAAAGGCACACAACGCGCCGUUCUUGCAGGUGUGCCGUUCUUUACCGAAAUAUUUGAACAGCUUGGUUGCACAGUGGAAUGGCACAUGCAAGAGGGUGAGGAGUUCGACCCGGUUAAACAUGUAGCAACUGUGCGUGGAAGGGCUCGAUUACUGCUCCUCGGUGAACGCGUAGCGCUCAACCUCCUAGCGCGUUGCAGUGGUAUUGCAACAAAGUCUAAACGCAUCCUAGACAUCGCUCGCUCAAGUGGAUACACAGGCAUCAUCGCGGGCACCCGGAAAACAACGCCAGGAUUCCGACUGGUCGAGAAGUACGGCAUGCGAGUCGGCGGCGUCGACACGCACAGACAUGAUCUCUCAAGUAUGAUUAUGCUCAAGGAUAAUCACAUCUGGAGCUGUGGUUCCAUAACCGCAGCCAUUGCUCAAGCACGCUCUGUGGGUGGCUUCAGUCUCUUGCUCGAUGUGGAAGUCCGGGACGAAAAAGAGGCAGACGAAGCUAUCGAUGCCGGAGCAGAUGUUAUCAUGUUAGACAACAUAGAAGGGCAGGAGAUGGUCAAUGUGGCAAGAAGAUUAAAAGAGAAAUGGGUAGGCAAGAGAAAGUUCUUGUUCGAGACAAGCGGCAACAUAACCGAAUCAAAUUUGAAGGAACGUGCAAACAAUGAAAUUGAUAUUCUCAGCACAAGUGCGGUGCACCAAUCCGUACAACAUAUUGACUUUAGCCUGAAGGUCCAGAGGCCGAAAGAUUCUUGAAACUCGGGAUUACCCAGCGCUUUAAACCCACUGUACUCGGGAAGCGCGUAUUAACAUCGUAGUUGGGCUCUUAGAACUUGAAAUUCCCAUACAAUACCUGUAGAAACUGUCCACUACUUUGUAAAUUGUAUGCAUCGAGCACAUCGAAUCAUUGAUAAAGUUUC